CAAAGGCUUGGUAUCAUCCGUAUUCACAGUCAGUUUUGGACCAUGUUUCUCGUUCGGUGGGUUGUUGCGGGUCUGGCCGCCGCGUCCGUGACUACCGCGGAUGUGUGUUGUGGUCAAUGCCUCAACACAUUCGCCCAAACAAUAUACGAUCCAUCCGUGUGGGCGGAAUGCUCCACAGCCCCCAAGCCCAACCCUGGGUGCUGUUUUUGUGAUCAGGUCCAGACCAUCUCCCAGCCAGCGUACAAGUUGACCAUGAAGGCCGGCACCACGCAAUUCCUUACGUUUCCUGGCGCCGAAAAGGUCACGUACUCCGUCGUAGUCGACCCGACCAAGGCAUUCCAGCAUCCCAAACCCAGCGGAACUCAAUUCACCAAGAACAAUGCAGGCAACUACGUUGUAUGCAUCGACACCCCUGGCAAACUCCUCUUCCGUGGAUGGGGAAAGGAAGUUAACAACUACCCGACUGAGUGCACGCAGAUGACAUCGGAGUUGUCCAUCACGGUCACAGAGGGCGACAAGGGGGUGACCUGCGCUGGAUCGACGCCGGACCAAGGUGGCGUAUCGCCCAGUCCCACCGGCGCCGACGGGAAGGAAGUACAAUGUAACCUCCAACGUGGCAGCGUCAUCGGUGGCGUGUGCGUAUGUGCGUCGGACUACUCGGGCGCCCCUGAAUGUACUGGGUCGUCGUCGUGGAAGUGGAUUGUGUCCAUCUGUGGUGGUAUCGCAGCACUGCUCUCAAUUGGCAUUUCCGUGCGCCAAAUCCUUUUGUUCCGUAAAAAGAAGGCCGAGGACAAAGAGCGGGAAGACGCGAUGACCAAGAUGGAGUCCGUCGAAGUCAUGAACGUGUCGCGAGAACCAAACUACUUUGACGCAGAUCAGGCCGGGGCCAAAGCGCCGCCGUCGCGCCGAAGUCCCGUUCCCAACAACCCCCGCAAGCCAGACGCUCUGCAGCCGUACCCCGUCGCACGUGGCGGCCACGCCAACAUGUCGCCCCGACAAAGCCGUGAAUACACUUUGUAAUAGAUUCGUAGUACAAAUGCUGCAUUCCCCCUAAUAAUCUUAACCCGAACACCGUCGGAACUCAUAUA